AUGACCCAAACUGUGAAGCUGGACGACUGGCAAGAAGAUGACCCCUCCUCGCCAGUCGUAAGAACACAGGAGCGCUUGUGGCGUGUGCGGCACCUGCGACCUUUGCGCCCGCCGUCGCAGCUCGGGAAGCCGCCGCCCGUGACGGUGAAGACCCGCUCAGCGGCGAAGCUGCCCCUGAGCCCGGCAGCACUGGAGCCCGAGCGUAAGCCCAGCCACCUGGCCUUUGGGGAUGCUCUGCGCCUCACGCUCCCCCCGCUGGAUGACGACGGCUUCGCAGCAGCGCUCUGCGCCUGCGUCCGCCCGAGGGCCGCCGGCGACGUUGGCCCGCGGGAGAUCGCUCCCACCGAUGCCGAGCGCGAGGAGCUGCGGCUGGCAGAGGACCUGGCGGCCUCGGGGCGGAGGGCCAAGGACUUCGUGGCAGUAACGGCUGCUCGCGUGCCAGACCCCGACACGGUCGCCUGUCGAAGCGCAUGGCGGGUGUUCCGGUGUAGUGAGCUGGACGGCUUCCCGGCCUCUUCCCGUGUGCACUAUGGACAGCAUGUUCAGUUCGGGCUGCCAUCCGUUGACGAUGCGAGCUCGGAAAUCUUGCUGAGCUGCGAGCCACCUAGCCGUGGUGGAGGUCUGGGGGCCCCGUACCUGAUCUUCGGGCGCUUCGUGGACUUCGGCUACGUCUGUCAGGGACGGCGGAGCUGGAACACGGCUUUCACCCUCGUGCCGGAGCAUUCUUCAGCCGGUGGUUACGGUGACCCUGUGGACCUGAGAUGGGGCGUGCGCAUUGUGCCCAUUGCGCCAUUCUCUUACCUUCACGGCCCGCGGCUGAUGCAGGCCGUUUUCGGCGGCCUUAGCAACCCCGUUGGUCGGGGCUGCAUCUCACGAUCUGCUGCCGUGGGGAAGGACGUGCAGGAGCUGCUGCUGCACGCAUCAGCCCCAGAAGGAGAGCCUCCAGAUGUUGGCUGGGUGCUGGAGCGGCUCUGCCUCAACCCGGCCGCGCCCAGCACAGCGGCAGGUGGAGACACGACCUUUGCGCAAUGGCACAGCCUCAGGGCCGUCAUCCUGAAGCGGAUCCGCCGGCGCGGGGAGGUACUGGCCUACAGCAUCUUCCGAAAGAUCCUUUCCAAAGACUGCCUGGUGCCGGAUGGCCCGAUCUCCACCAGUCGAUUGCCAACGGCGGAUGGCUCUGCAACCCUUGCUGAGCGGACCUUGGUCGGCGAGUCCUCCGUCUUGACAUCCUUGCGCUGCGACUACGGCGUGCAGCUGGGCGUGGAUGACAUGCAGUUGAUCACGAAGCACUUUCGGCCGCCGGGUACAGAGAGCCUAUGGUCCGAGCCUCUCAUCGACGUCAACGCCUUGGCGGACGCCAUCCGAGGGGAGCUCAACGGGUGA